AUGAAUUCGCAACAGGAGGGGCCGAACCCCUUUCGCCCAUACUACGUGCCUGCGACAGGCCUGUCGCCCGUUGACAUUGUGCAUGCCUCGUCCGCAGCGCACAUCACCGCGAACGCAUCUUCAAAAACAACAAUAGGCAGCUCGGCGCGCGAUUUCCUGUCGGAUCUGGACUAUGGCGACUAUCUGGAGGCGUCGCCGUCGGUGUCGGAGUGGUUCAGGGACCUUCUCGAUCGAGCAGUAUGGAAAUAUUCGAGCGCCUUGAUAGCCCAGCCAUUCGACGUCGCAAAGAUCAUCCUCCAGAUAUAUGUCGCCCCCGGCGAUGAAGAAGAGAGCCGGAGCAGCAGUCAUGAACGGCGGCGACAUUUUGUGGAUGAAACUUCUGAUGCGGAGUCCCAAUCCUCCGACGACGAGAGCUCUUUUUUCACAUCCACAGCUCCAACGACACCGUCUCCAGCAACGCCCAAGAGGCGCCGCAUUCAAGUCACAGAUCGCUCCGGUUAUAUACAGUCGCCUACCACUCCCAAACACCGUCUGCAGAUCGCCAAUCCUUCUUCGUUGACGGACGUCAUUUCACAGCUAUGGUCAACGAGCGGGCCCACGUCGGUAUGGAAAGCGACAAAUGUGACGUUUAUAUACUCACUGCUUCUUCCCACGCUCAAUACCUUCAUCCGCAGUCUUCUGUCUGCAAUCAUCGGCUUGCCGGAAGUUGGAACUGCACCCUCUUCUGCCGAGGAUAUUCUGACUGUGGCCUCUCCAAGCGCAACAUUGAUCCUGAGCUUCGUUUCAUCUGCUGUCUCGGCGAUCAUGCUGGCGCCAAUUGACACUGCACGCACCUUCCUCAUUGCGACACCUCUCACUCAUGGGCCGCGGUCAUUGCUGCGUGCCAUUCGUCUUCUUCCUACUCCAAACUACUCCAUUCCUCUACAUCUUGUGCCAAUCACUAUUCUGCACUCUAGUCUACCCAAUCUACUUUCCAUGAGCACUCCUCUAUUCCUCAAGAAUUAUAUUGCCGUCGACCCGGUUCUGAAUCCGUCCGUGUGGAGUUUCUUCUCCUUUAUUUCGACCUGCUUGGAACUUGGGGUUCGAUUUCCCCUUGAAACCGUGUUGCGCCGAGCUCAAAUCGCUACAUUCACAUCGCCGGCUCUGCGUCAGAAGAACAUUGCCAAGAGCGAUCCCUCUCAAUCCCAGUCUCUUAUCAGGAACAACACCGGAGAAGUCACGGAAAUCGAAACGAUCGUCCCAACACCGAAAACGUAUAGGGGUAUCAUUGGCACUAUGUGGAGUAUCGUAUACGAAGAAGGGCUCGCGCCUACAAAGGGCCCAGGCAUAGACGCAAACAUGCAGAGCAGGCUCCAGAAACACAAUGGCCAACCCCGGCGCAAACCAGGCCAAGGUGUGCAAGGUCUGUAUCGUGGAUGGAGAAUCGGGAUGUGGGGACUGGCAGGUGUUUGGGGAGCAGGCUUCCUGAGUGCUAGCAUGGGGAACGGCGAAGAAGAGAUUAUUACUUCUUCGCCAGGUAUUGGAUAUCGAGUUGGGGGCCAGGCUCGACAGUUUUAA